AUGGGCAAAAAAGGAGAAUCCACCCGACCCAUGCUAGCAGUCCCAGCCAAAGAGUUCGUCAAAUCCGUCCUCCCCUGCUACCGUGGUGCCGAAGUCACCAUCCAUCUCGGCAAGAAACCCACCCAACACACCUACAUCGUCCCCAAGCACAUCCUCUGCAAACAAUCCUCCUACUUCGCCUGCCUAUUCAACGGCAGAUUUCGAGAAGGCGAGGAGCAAGUCGCCGAAUUGACCGAAAUCGACGGUGUGCUCUCCGUCCGCAGCUUCGAAAUGGUCCUGCAGUGGUUAUGCACCGGCACCGUCAUCCUGGAAGACGAACCACCCACCCAGACCAUUUCCACGGCCAUCGAGUUCUCCCGACUUAUGGAUAUGUAUAAUAUCCCCGGGUCGGGGGAUCGUAUGGCGGAGCAUAUUAAGCGCACGAUUGUUGAAAAUUGUCCUUCACCACCUUCCACUGAUACGAACUGGAGCCAAGCCACGAGGAGUCAAGCGAGGGAUCCCAACGCUCAUACUAACUAUCUCACAACUGAGCACAUUGUGUCAGCUGCGACCCUACCCCUCGGACAUCCGGUCCGGAUUAUCCUCGCACAAGCCACCGUGGAGGGAUUUCUGCGUGAUGAAUAUCACAAGUUCAUCAAGGAGACACAAGAAAUUCCGGGAUUUGCGCUGGAUGUUCUGCGAGAGACGAUGACGGCUCUGAAAGUCAGUCACAAGCAUUUUUGUGCCUAUGUUGCAUUUAAGGAUCCGUUUAGUGGGGAAAUCUUGGACUCGUAUCUUAUGGCGUGA